UUGGAAUCUGGAUGUGCUUCAACAACCUGUACAAUCAUGUCUGUCAACAAAUUUAAAGUAUUUUCAUGUGAGGGACAUAUUACAGAAGGAUAAGGCUCCUCUUCUCUAUACUCUUUAAACUCAAAUAGCUUUAAAAGAAACUCCAUAUGACCAAAUGUCUGUACUAAAGGUAUGAGUUUAAGCUGAGAUUCUGCUGCAUACUUGUUAAUAAGCUUGAUGUCACUCAAACUGUAUGCAUUAUAGGCUGAAAUGUUCUCUAACAGUCCCCCAUUAUAAGAAAACAUAUCUUCAUACUCCAUUAACAACCCAGUAGCACCCAUUUUGGACAACAAAGGAAAUAAUUUUUUGUAGUACGAUACUUUUGGAGGUGCCCCCUUUAAAUCCAAAUGCACGAUUUUCUCUCCCUGAAAACCUAUGGUUUUCUUGUUGAGUACAGGUUUUCUACCCUGUCUUGUUCGAAUUCUGUGCUGAACAUGGACAGAGUCAUAAUUUGUAAAAAUAUAAAGUAUGAUUAUUGCAAUUGUUAGUACAAAAAAUAUCGUUAAAAAGUAUUUCCCACAUGGCGUCGUCCUUAUUUUACUCAUUUUUUGUUAAAAUAUUAUCACAUUUUAAUAUAUCCUAAUAUUUUGACACUUUUAUUUGGCACAUAUUUGAGGUUAUAAUAACAAGUUGGUAAUGCCAUGGUAAUAGCCACAGAACACUGGCAAGCAUAGCCAACACAGACAAACACCAGACAACCGAGUGAACAAGAUUUUUGGUAGAUAGAUAAAUUUAUAUUUUAAAAUGUUUAAUUUAACUAUUAUGCAAAAUUUCAAAUUUUAUACAUAAUUAAAAAUUUUAAUAUAAAAUCCAUUUAAAAAUGUUAAAUAACAAAUUUUUAUAAUAAUCUACCGAACAGUUUCGCUGCGAAACUUUCGCACAUGGGGAGAUAUUUUGAAAAUAUUAUUUUCAUAAGGAUGUCUUAUAAUGGUUCUGCAGAUGAACACAGCGAGGACGGUGAAUUACGCGAAAUACCUCUGGAAAGUGCAUCAAAAAACAAAGUUAUAGAAAUAAGCCUUUCAGAGGAGGAAAACGAAAAUGACGAUGGGUUGGAUAUCAAACCACCGCAAGCGAGAAGUUCUCACCAAAAUUCAAAGAAAAGAAGGGAGGAACAUGAAAGGUAUAAAAAAACAGAAAGGCAUAAGGAAGAACGGCAUUCUCAUAGGGAGAGGAGAAGAGAAAAGCAUCAUAGGUCGGAUAAAGAUAGACAACACCAUCAGAGGGAAAAGGAAAGGUAUUACAGGGAUGUUCAUUACUCAUCAGAGUCUCAGUCACAGUCUCACUACGUAGAACGGGAGCAGCAUAGAGAGAAAAAAGAGUAUCUCAGAAAUCAAUCUCAUAGAUAUGAAGAAGUUGCUAGUUCGGUUGGAGAUAAGCGGGGGUCUAGGUAUGAAAGGGAAUUGGAGAAAUACAAGCACAGGAGGUAUGAGGAGCAAAAGCAUGUAAGGCACAGAGAUAAAAGGCAUAAAGAGGUUGAGUAUGUGGAUGAGCAGAAAGAGGAAGAAAUGCAGGGCAAUAAUGAGGAAAGAUCCAAGUGGGAUGACAAUGAAAAAGAGUUGACUGAGGAAGAAAGAGCUGAACAAGACUCUAGAAAAUUAAAACUGUUGGAAGCAGAAAGAGAAAUGGCAAGAUUAAAAGAGCAAUCUCGUUUGGACCGCGAAAAACGUGAUAAAACCAAAAGAAAGCAGGACGAUGAAGAUUUUUAUAACAAACGUAUGAAAGUAGAAGAAGAAGAAGAGGAAGAGUUAAAAGUAUCAGAAAGUGAGGAAGAAGUAGCAGCACAAUCCGAGAACGAAGAAAGAAGCGACUACAGCGAGCGUAGCAGGAACAGCAGUGUAAGUCAAUCACAUAGCGAAAGAUCAUAUCAAAGUGGUGAUUCCAGGGAAGCCAGUCCUGCUUCUGACAGGUCAAAAAGUCGCAGCAGAAGCAACAGUAGAACCAGAAGUAGAUCUAGAAGUCAGAGCCCCAGCAGGAGCAGAACAAGCAGUCCUGUUAGCGAGCCAACAGCAGAGAAAGUGGUGGAGCCAGUGUCUGAAAAACCUGAAGAAAAUAACGUUGAAAAGAAAGAGGUGAAAGAAAAACCGAAGAUAGACGAAAGUUUGCCGCCUUAUUAUCCCGCGAUUCAAGGUUGUAGAAGUGUCGUUGAAUUUCAAACUUUGAAUAGAAUAGAAGAGGGUACAUAUGGUGUUGUGUUUAGAGCCAAAGAUAAAAGGACAGACGAAAUAGUCGCUUUAAAAAGGCUAAAAAUGGAAAAGGAAAAGGAGGGUUUUCCCAUUACAUCCCUGAGAGAAAUUAAUACUCUGUUGAAAGGCCAACAUCCAAAUAUUGUGACUGUAAGGGAAAUUGUAGUUGGUAGUAACAUGGAUAAAAUUUACAUUGUAAUGGACUAUGUGGAACAUGAUCUUAAGUCAUUAAUGGAAACUAUGAGGCAUAAAAAGCAAAAGUUCAUGCCUGGUGAAGUAAAAUGCCUUUUAAACCAGUUGCUUUUGGCUGUAGCACAUUUGCAUGACAACUGGAUUUUGCACAGAGACUUAAAAACAUCCAACUUAUUGUUGUCUCAUAAAGGCAUCCUUAAGGUUGGCGAUUUUGGUCUUGCCAGAGAAUAUGAUUCACCUCUGAAAGCAUACACUCCCAUUGUUGUUACAUUAUGGUACAGAGCCCCAGAGUUGUUGCUCUGCACCAAAGAAUAUUCCACACCUAUAGAUAUGUGGUCUGUAGGUUGCAUUUUCGCUGAGUUCUUACUCAUGAACGCCCUGUUUCCUGGAAAAACGGAAGUAGAACAAGUCAAUAAAAUUUUCAAAGAACUGGGUACCCCUAACGAAACAAUCUGGCCUGGUUACAACGAACUGCCGGCCGUCAAAAAAAUGACCUUCAACCGAUUCCCCGUUUCAAACUUGAGAUCAAAGUUCAAUAAUUUGAGUGAGAUCGGUUUGGGACUUCUUUUGAAGUUCCUAACCUACGAUCCCGUUAAAAGGACAACGGCAGAAGAAGCGUUGCAAAGUCCGUAUUUCUUGGAACACCCCUUGCCAAUAGAUCCCGCCAUGUUUCCUACAUGGCCUGCCAAGAGCGAGUUAGGAUUGAAGAGGGCCAUGGCAGCGAGUCCCAAGCCACCAUCUGGCGGAGGAGCUUACAAAAAAUUGGGUGGAGAUGGUUUUACCCUAGGAAUGGGAGUCGAUUUAAGAAGAGGAGGAGCAGGAUUUAGUUUAAAGUUUUAAUCAUGUACAUAUUUUAAUAAGGAUAAUUAUUUUUCAUUUAAAGUAAUUUAAGAAUAAAAAUACAUAUUUAAUAAAUCCGUGUUUUAUUUGAAUUACUUACAUUACAAAUCAUUUUUGUAUUAACACUAACUAUAUACAUCUAGUCAACACAUUUGGUUAUAAAAAGAACACAAUGAAUAAUAGUAGUUAAUAUAUUUAUACCUCUUGAGUAUGUUUACCUACAAUAUUUAUGAAUUACGGAAAUUGUUUAUUUUUAAGAUAAAAACAUUGAUUAAGAAAAUUGACUACAAUAGAAAUGAAGCUCAAUCAUGAUAUUUUCCUAGAAAUUAAAAAAUGCUGAUUAAUAGACAAAUUAAAAUAUAUAUAUAUAUAACUAUUAUACAAAGAUUUAAUAUGGCAAGUAAGCAAACAGUCCCCUUUGAAACCUUACCUUGUAAAAAUCUAAUAAUCAAUCAAUUUAUUCUCGUUCGCCCUCUCUUCCGCUCUCGCCUUCAUCCUGGUAAUAAACGCGGCACCUUUGUUUUUCCUAAAGUUCUCGUACGGAUCGUUCAAGUUACAACCGACACCUUUAAACUGAUCCUGGCGAUCGCGCACGUCGCCCCCAGAGAUGGGCGUGUCCAUGCCCUGCUCGUUCGCACCCAGACCGCUGCCGCCCCAUCCCAUCUUGCGCAACAUCUGGUGUCCCUUGUUAGAAGAGUCCAGUUCCUGGUUGUCAACUCUCACGUAGUUUGGAGUACUAAAAUAC